AUGUUGUUGCAACUGGAUAUGAACAGUCUGCUGCACAACAUGCGUGCGCAGAUUCAGGCUGCCCCAGCAGCGGAACCUACGGUUGAGCGAAAGUUCAACAAGAAAGUCGAGAUUGUCACUGACCCUGGCGCUUUCGAAGGAGAUAGGGCUCAAUUUGCCGAAUGGUGGAUCAAGCUCCAAAUUUGGAUCAAAGCGAACUGGGAUGCGUUCACUGAUAAUUUUGAAAUAGCAAUGGCUGUGCUGUCAAGACUGAAAGGACCUGUGGCGGGUCGAUACGCCCAAGUAAGGAUGCAGGAGUGCUACACAGCGGGAGUGUGGCCUACCUGGGAUGAUCUCAAAGUCGAGAUCAAAAAAUACUUCAUACCCCAAGCUGAGCGUGACUGGGCGUGUCAGCAAAUCCGUACCUUCAAACAAGGAAACAUGAGGACGGAUGACUUUGUUACCCGGUUCAUGGCCCUCUCCAUCCAAGGGGGUCUAGGGAAUGAACAUGCAGUGGAGUUGUUGGAGCGCAAUGUAUCACCGGCCAUUGCCCGACAGCUCUACAUACAAGAUAUGCGGAGCGAGAACUUUGCAGCAGCUGCUGAGGAGGUUCGAAAAAUUGGUAGGGCCAUAGAAUGCAAUUCAGUGGCGGGUCCACCACCAAAAACAAUGUUUCCCAGAGGCGCCCUGGGUCAUCAAACCACCAUAAUCACUCUCACGGGUUCGAGCCGUUUGGGCUGUAACCAGGGCAGGGAGCCCCUAUGGAUAUUGGCGCGGUCCAGGGCGGACAGAUGCGCAGAUUCAAAGGGAACUGCUAUAAUUGCGGCCAAGAGGGACACAUGGCGCCAGGCGCGCCAACUAGAAACAGAGAAACUGGAUGAUUGGCUCCAGACUCUGGCUGGUCGUUCAUACAACGAGAUCCGGGCCUUUUUUUAUGACCAGCAAGUUGCUGAGAUAAAGGUUCAGGGAACAGAGUUCGGAGCUUAG